UUCAUCACCAAUUAAAUAAGAUGCCACCGAUAAGUCGGAGAAAGCCAACCGCCUUCAUCUUCCAUCUUCUUAUUCACUAAUAAAAGCAGUUAGCGUUUAUCAAUCUAAACCUAACCCUAACACCAUGGCCCGAUCUCCAUCCUCCACGGCGUGUCUGCUCUACACUCUCCGUUCAUCCAUUUCUGCAUCACCGAAAUCACCGCCGUCGCCAAUCACCGCGCUCCUCCACCCCCACCGCCACUACUCCGCCGUACCAUCUCUGAGAGUAAAGGACAAGGAUCCAUGGUGGAAGGAAUCAGUAGAUAAGGUACUCCCCACAAGGACACAGUGAACAGAGAUUUCAGUUGACAGCAACAAACUUUCGAAUCUGCAAGGCAAAGGCGCCAAGAUGGCUACUGCGGUCAAGAUUCGUGGCCAUAACUGAAUAAUUUGGGGUGAUGUUAAUCUGUGAAAAGGAUCCAUACCCACCCUCGUAUUGUCUACAAGAGAGUUUUUAUUACCGAAUGAUGACAAGAACAGCCUACAACAGGAGUUCCAACCCCAUAUGUUUUUUCCAAAAGAUAUCUCAAGGCGGCUCAAUCAGAUUCAAAAAUCGUCCAAAUGUCAAUUAUAGGUGGAUUUUUGCCUCGUGGAAUAUGAGGUGGUCAUAUUCGCGCCAUCACUCUUGGCUGCAGCUUCUGUUUACACUGCUCAGUACAAUCUUUGUGGAUUCAAACAUUGGUCCAAAACUUGUGAAUGGCAUACAAAAUAAUCCGAAGAUCAACUUCUGUUCAGUUUCGGGCUCAGUUUCUGGUCCGGGUUUGUGUACACAGGAGCAGAUAACAAUUGUGAGUGAAAUUGUUUUAGGGGUGGAUAAAAAUUGUACUUUUGAUGAUGUUAAAAAGGCUUAUAGGAAACUGUCAUUGAAAGUUCAUCCUGAUAAGAAUAAGGCACCCGGUUCAGACGAGGCGUUUAAGAAGGUUUCGAAAGCGUUUAAGUGUUUAAGCGAUGAGGAGAGUCGAAAACAAUAUGAUCUUUACGGGUUUAGUAACGGAUAAGGGUCUGAUGGGCUUGUUUACGAGAAAGAGAGUUGGCGUCGGGAUGUUCGUCGAGGGUUCGGUAACGGGUAAGGGUUUUAUUACGAAGAUGAUGUUGAUGCGUAGGAGAUUUUUAGGAGAUUUUUUUUCGGUGGGGUGAACCCGCGGGCUGCAACACCGUUUAGUGCGGGUCAUAAUGGGUCGGAUGGGUUUGAUAUGAGGACUUUGAUUACGUUGUUACCGGUGCUUGUGAUGCUUUUUGCCUUCGAACGAGACUGUGUAUUCGCUUUCCAGAACUUAUGUUUAGGAUCACCGUUUGGUUACACAAAAUGGGGUUCCUUUUUUUGUGAAAUUGCGUGACUUUGAGCCAAAUUAUCCGUUGAAUACUGAAGAAAGGUUGAGGUGGAACAUGCGUGUUAGUGGUUGGUUAAUGGGUCAAAAUGGGUAACUUUAUGUAUAGGUUGAAAUGGGUUGGUUUAAAAUGGGCUUGUUACGCUUGCAUCUGUUUAUAAAUAUGGUAUUGUUUAAUAUUUCGAAAUUAGAUAUUGCAAAUGAUAUCUUCUGUCACUUUAUCAUACACAAUUUAGAGUCGCUUGUUCGCCUGAUUUAUGGUAAAAUGGGACUGAUAUUCCCGCAUCAUAUGAUUCAAUUUCUAUUAAUGCAUUCUGAUGUUCCUACAAUUGUAUAGUGUUUAGUGUACAUAAAUAAUAUUAACCACUUGCUCCUCUUGUUGUACAUAUUUGCAGCUAGCUUUAUACAAUGAUGCACACCAACAAGAAGCAAGACUAUAAUAUAUAAUUGUUAUUGAUGAUCAUGUGGGUUGCAUGUAAAACUGUCAAAUGGAGCAUCUGUUUUAGUUAGAUGUAGCUUGAAAUCAUGACUGAUGUGUAUUUGUUUACUUAGAUGUAGCUUGAAAUCAUGGUUCAUUAAGUGAAAAUUACUCACAUUCGGAGUU